AUGGUUACUUCCUCGUCUUCGCCGCCGUUGGCUACUUCCCAGCUUCCGGUGAUGAAAGGCGAAGAAAAGCCUUCAAACUGGGCGGAGCUACCCCCGGAUUUGCUGUCUUCAAUUCUACUCCGUCUUAGCCCAUUGGAGAUACUUGAAAACGCUCGGAAAGUAUGCAGAUCGUGGCGACGCGUCUCUAAAGACCCAUUGAUUUGGCGUAGAAUCGACAUGAGAAACCUGAGAAGAUUGUACUGUAUUUACGCUAUGGAAGCCUGUUGUCGUCACGUCGUUGAUCUCAGCCAGGGAGGCUUGCUUGAGUUCAACAUUGAUCAGUGGCGCUUUCAGACCACUUCUCUACUCAACUACAUGGCCGAGAGAUCAAGUAAUCUGAGACGUCUUAGGGUUAAAGGUGGUCAAAUAACGAGUGUUGGAAUUUUUGAAGCAAUCGUGAAACUGCCAUUGCUUGAAGAACUCGAGCUUUUGUACUGCUCAAUCGAAGAAGAGCAUUUCAAAACUAUAGGCCAGGCUUGUCCAAAUCUGAAGACAUUGAAACUAGUGGGGUUUUGGAGUCAUCUAAAUGAGAGUGACAAUGAUGCUCUAGCAAUUGCUGACACCAUGCCUGGUCUUCUCCACCUCCAGCUUAUUAGUAACGGACUAACCAACAUUGGCUUGAAUGCCAUUCUCGACGGUUGUCCUCACCUGGAAUGCCUUGAUUUACGCCAGUGUUUCAACAUUAACCUUUUUGGGGAUUUGGAGAGACAAUGUUUGGAGAGGAUCAAAGAUUUUAGAUGCCCCAAUGAUGUACUUGAUGAUUACAAUUAUGUCAUUUUCUCCGAUAAUGGUUCGAUAGAAGACGAAAAAGGCGAAGAAGAGGAAAAUUACUCAUAUGGUAGCGAUGACACUGAGUACGGCUACAGAAGGUCAGCUGACUUCUAA